AUGAACGAAUUGUCAGAUCCGACCACAGGCAGGCGCCCUGUUUUUAGUGAUGCUUCGAGUAUGGACGUUUCGCCUGCUUUCUCGCCUGCCCCACCAUGGACUGGGAUACCAUCCGAAGAUGACCAGCGGUUACAUAGUGUGGGAGUUGCCGCUCUGGCUGCUGUCUCACAAUACCCACAUCCCGUAAACGAGGAGAGCGAUUUUUUUUUGGUAUCAGAGGUUGUUGGCGCAAUGACGGGCAGUGCUCGUCCUGCUUUUCGGGGGAGUGUAUUUGGGAGCGCCGAACAGCAUGUCAGAAUCAGAGCCCUCCUCCGGGUCUCCCCCUCGGAUGACGAAAUGGAAAUGGACAGCAUCGUGAAUGAUCUGAUUGAGCGGACUGCGACGUGGGAAAAUAUUGCUACAAUUGAAAAUGGUCAUGACUAUGCCAAGAAGGACAUGGUAAUGGACUACGAGCCUCCCUUUGUGGACUAUGCCUCGUCGCCUUCUUCUGGGUCCGAUGAUGAUCUAGAGGAUUUGCUCAAGUUCUAUCCUGGUGAAGAAGAAUAUCUGCGCCAACGCAAAGGAGCGCGAUCUCCCGUGGCUUCCAUGCAUGAUAUAAAUCUGGACGAAUUUUAUGAUCAUGUCACUUAUGAUGACCCUGAAGUGGACGUCCCACAGCCACCUGGGGAUACUACUACCCCGACAGGCCCUUUGGCAGAGGAGGCACAAGAGGUUACAGAUACCCACCCUGCAUCGAUCAUUCACACAACCACUUUUGAACGAAACCACACAAUCGACGAGUUCAUCCAUCGCUGGAUGGUCCAAUCCCGCAGUGUACCUUCUGAAUUUCACUCGGAGGGCAGGAUUCCCCCGCAAUUUCGCCCACUGUCAAAAAUGAUCAAUUGGAGGCCACCUCGAAAUAUCUACCGACCGCGGACAAGUAAACGCUCAUUUUACGAUCUUCAGCAGAUUCCGUGGACCGAAACUUUGAAGGUGAAACGGGCGGAUGCUCGAUCACUCCGCGAUGCUUGGUACACCUCCUACCAUAACGUUAACCAUUCACAAACCAGCCAUGCAGAGCGGCUGCCUCAAAGCGAGUCAUUCUUCCAAGCGAAAUCCAUGCACACAGCGCACAAGGCUUCUAUUGAGCACUUUCAAUUGCGAAACCUAAUGUCAGUCACGGCAUACAAUACCAUUCAGUUUGCCAGUCGGGGCAAAAUCCACUCGUGGGCCCCGGCCUUGGAUAGUUAUAGCAGUGUCAUCGAUCUGAGUCGCCCAGACCCAGACGUGGGGAUUCUCGGCGCAGUCAAAAUUUCCAGCAUGAAGUCCGCACACGGUCUUACCAUCGCAGGCGGGUUCUGUGGCGAGUAUGCGGUGCAGGCGUCAGAUGGUACGGGUUCUGGUGUGCGAGGAUUGGUGACGCCAGACUUCAAUGAUGGCAUCACGAACCACGUGGAUAUCAUUCUCAAUCGGACCGGCCGAUCGCCGAUCUGUGUGUUUGCAUCGAAUGAUCGCCACCUGCGUAUCCUGGAUUGCGAAACAAACAUCUUCCUGUCGGAUCAAGAACUAUCCCGCCCGAUCAACUGCACUGCAACAUCCCCUGAUAGUCGCCUUCGCGUGGUGAUCGGAGACUCCCCAGACGCAUGGAUUAUCGAGGCCGAUACCGGCCGACCAGUGCAUCCUCUCCGAGGCCAUCGCGACUUCGGCUUCGCCUGCGCCUGGUCUCCGGACAUGCGCCACAUCGCCACUAGUAACCAAGACAAAACAGUCAAUAUUUGGGAUGCGCGCACCUGGCGCGUACUUGAAACUAUUGACUCCGACAUUGCAGGCUACCGAUCCCUUCGCUACUCUCCUGUAGGCGGUGGCCCGCGCACACUCCUUUGCUGUGAGCCAGCAGACCGAAUCUCCAUCAUCGAUGCCCAACUCUACCAGAGCCGCCAGGUGCACGACUUUUUCGGUGAAAUUGGUGGCGCAGAUUAUUGCCCAGACGGCAGUACUAUUUGGGUCGCCAACACCGACCCUCACUUUGGCGGGUUCAUGCAGUAUGAGCGCCGCCAAUGGGGCGCCACCUAUGGGCUGGCUGAUCUACCGAAUGAGUGGCUGCACGAGUCAGAACUUGAGCGAGAUGACCGGUGCAUGCUGAGCUCCCAAGAGAGAAAAUUACGAUUCCUGCGCAAUUUGACCGAUGAGGAACACGACAAAUUUUGUAUUUAA